GCAGAGUUUGGUCAGGGAGAAACGUGAACAUGCUCUUUUUCACGAAGAAACAUGUUGUCGAAGGGGAUCACAGAGGCAACAGCAGCAGAGCAACAAGUCUAACUUUUACAUCAAGAGCCGCACACUGGACGCACGAGUCGUUCCAUUGCCAGGAUCAAAGGAACCGUAGUGUUUCAUGCUUGGAGAGUGCAUAUUAUUUCAUUACGAUCUAGAAAACAUGAACUUGAACUGCGAGUUGCUAUUUGAAUUCAGCAUCUACAGGGAUUAUUGAGGUGGAACAUGGCGAGGGGGGUGAAGGGAGCUCAUUCCGCCGCUUUAUUAUGUACUUUUACGCUCUUGCUUUGGGGGGACGUUUACGCGCAAGGGUCUUUUAACGAAAUAACGGGGUUUAGUUUGAGUCCUCCGUACUUCAACCUCGCGGAGGGGUCACGGAUCUCCGCCACAGCAACGUGCGGUCAAGAUGAAACGGGGAGACCGAGAUCUGAUUUGUACUGUAAACUUGUCGGAGGACCUACAUUCGGACUUACUAGUCAAACCAUACAGACAGCUAAUAAUCUUUACAGUUCAAAUGGACAGUAUUGUGACCGAUGCAACUCCAACGAGCCUAACAAGGCCCACCCGGUGAGCAACGCAAUCGAUGGCACCGAGCGCUGGUGGCAGAGCCCACCUCUCUCCCGUGGACCCAUGUACAAUGAGGUUAACGUCACCUUGGACCUCGGACAGCUCUUCCAUGUGGCCUACGUCCUGAUCAAGUUUGCCAACGCCCCGCGGCCUGACCUGUGGGUCCUGGAGCGCUCCCUGGACCAUGGGAAAACAUACGCUUCAUGGCAGUACUUUGCUCAUUCUGAAAGGGAGUGCAUUGAGAGGUUUGGCAAACAACCGAAUGGACGCAUAGUUGGAGAUGAYGACCAGAUCUGCACCACAGAGUACUCUAAAACUGUCCCAUUGGAGAACGGRGAGAUUGUGGUGUCCCUGGUCAACGGUCGCCCGGGCUCUAAGAACUUCAGCUAUUCUCCAGUGCUGAGAGAUUUCACCAAAGCCACGAACAUCCGCCUGCACUUCCUCAGGACCAGCACUCUGUUGGGGCACCUCAUCUCCAAGGCCCAGAGGGACCCCACUGUCACACGCAGGGCUGCAGUGCGAGUGCAAACACAACACUUGUGGUGAGUCAUGUGACCGUUGCUGUCCAGGGUUCAACCAGAAGCCAUGGCGGGUGGCGACGACAGACAGCCCCAACGAGUGCCAACCCUGCCAGUGCCAUUCACAUGCCACUGAGUGUUAUUAUGACCCAGAGGUGGAGCAGAGGACAGCAAGUUUAGACACCUUCGGCAGUUACAACGGCGGAGGAGUGUGCAUCAACUGCCCACAACACGGCGGGGGUGAACUGUGAGCUUUGUGCUGAUGGAUUCUACAGACCCAUGGGUACCUCCACAGUCUCACAGUGGCUGUAUACCCUGCAGGUGUGAUGCCAGGACGACUGCUGCUUGUGAGAUGGGGACAGGACGCUGCCGAUGCCGGGCAGAAUUCACGGGAAACAACUGUGAACGCUGUGCAGAUGGUUACUAUGGCUUCCCGCAGUGCAUCAGAUAUCCAAUCUACCAGCCCACCACUAAAUCUCCUGCCGGCCAUAUAGUGGGGCCCACUGCCUGCCCUCCUGGUUAUUUCGGACCACCCAGCUGUCAACAGUGUUUGUGUGACCGACGUGGAUCAGUUCUGGAGCUGUGUGAUGCGUCAGGGCGCUGCGUGUGCCGUGAAGGGGUGGAAGGCCAGCGAUGUGACCGCUGUCGACCAGGACAUCACACCUUCCCUAACUGCCAAAUGACAGUGUGUCGUUGUGACGGCGCAGGUGUGACUGACAGAGUCUGCGGCCCAACGGACAGUGCCGUUGCCGUGCCAACUACAUAGGACGGCAAUGUGAUCAGUGUGCCCCUGGUUACUAUGGAUAUCCAGAAUGUUCCUUCUGCCAGUGUUUCUGGGGAGGGUUCCUAUGACCCCAUGUGUAACCCAGUAUCAGGCCAGUGUCUGUGUCGCCCUGGGUGGUGGGCCAGCAGUGUGAUCGUUGUGCUGGGUCAGGCCUCCGCUUUCCCCAAUGUUCAGUGACAGUGUGUCGUUGUGACGGUGCAGGUGCGACUGACAGAGUCUGCGGGCCCAACAGACAGUGCCGUUGCCGUGCCAACUACGUGGGACAGCAAUGUGACCAGUGUGCCCCCGUUACUAUGGAUACCCAGACUGUUCCUUCUGCCAGUGUUCUGGGGAGGGUUCCUAUGACCCCAGUGUAACCCAGUAUCAGGCCAGUGUCUGUGUCGCCCUGGGGUGGUGGGCCAGCAGUGUGAUCGUUGUUCUGUGUCAGGCCUCCGCUUUCCACAGUGUUCAGGGUACCUCACUAGAUUAUUUAUUUACAUAAAAAAAAAUCUCCCUUCAUAUUUUGGGGGUUUAUUUAGACAGUAUAGAAGUAGAGGGGGACAUAGACUCAGUGUACAAAACAUUAGGAGCCCCUGCUUGAAUCAAGGUCUUUCCAUGACGUAGACUGACCAGAUGA